CCUACUUCAUUUUAUACUACAACAACACGAUAGUUUUCCUUUCGUGGCUGCUCUACAUAUAUAAGCUAACCACAUCCAGAAAGCAGCGCCUCCAGGACGUUACCCGUCGUACCCAUAUUGUCUUCUCUAGAUUACUAUAGAAUUAAUAAUCGUGAGAAUAGAUUGUAUGAACAAUAUUACAGCACACUAUAGAUAACUACAAUACGGCUUCAACCAUACGUUAUCACAGUUACUGGACAUUGUAUCAGCACUGCAAUAUAUCAUAUUCCUUAUUUUAGUCACAUUAUAUUAUCAUACAUAAUACUAUUUCAAGUAGUAUUAUUCAUUAUAUUCCUCUAUCAUAAUUGUAUGAAUACAAUAACCGUAUAAGUCCAACCACAACCACAGUAUAAUAUGAUGAUGCACGAGUUACCAGUACCAAUACACCAGUCGCCGGGCAGUGAGAAUCACUCGAAUCCAGCGUCUAGAGAACAAAGUAAACCGAAAAAGGAAACUGAAAGAAGAUUGCCGAGCGGUGCAAAGGUAGAUUUCGGCAACGGCUCUGGGUCUAAAAAGCAGCAGAGUAAUCAGAAACCAAAGAAAGGCUCUGAUUCAGAGAAGAAGAAAGCCAACAGAGCCAACUCGCCUGCUUUACCCAACGGAGAAAAGCCAAAUUUUUACAAUGACAACAAGGAAAAGAACAAGAAGUUGUUGGAUCCAAGUUUGCCCAACGGCGCAAAGCCCAACUUCAGCUUCUACAGCGAAUCGAAUUCCAAUUCUAAUUCCAACGUUAGCUCGAACUCAAAUAAGACGAAAAAGAAGGUUCACGAACAAUCUUUGCCAAGCGGAGAGAAGCCUGUUUUUCAUGACAAACCGAAUAAGAAGACGUCUUCUUCGAACAGACCAGACAAAAACGGAAAGAAGGGACCUGUUGAAGAAACUUAUGCGGGAUCUUCUUUUCAUUCUUCCCCAGCCGCUUUAAACUUACCCAAACCUUCUUUCCAGAGGACUUCUCCUAAGCAGCAGGCAAACACAAUUAACGACGAGAAUAGCUCGCCUUCUUCAUCUGCUUCUUCUGUGUCAAUGAGCUCUCCUCGUCCAGUUGCGGGUGCCGUUGCGGCUCCUCCUCGUUAUCCUGUCACGGCUUAUCCUCCUGGAAGCAUUCCUGGGGCCGUUCCAAAUGUGCCAGCAGGAUAUUAUCCUCCUCAAUAUGCCCAGCCUCAGUAUAUUCAACCAGGCUUCACAUACAACGUCAAUCCUCAGGGAUAUAUUCAAUACCAAUAUCCCCCAUUUCAUCACCCACUAGCCCCAGCCCAAAUUCCUUACCAACAACAUCCUUUCCCAGUCAAUGCUCAGCCUCCAGCACAUGUUGGAUCUGCUCCACAGGGUCAGAAAAUCAGCUUCGAUGAUUUGUUGGGCUCUGCUAAGAAAUGAAAUUGUAUUGUAGAAGUCUGGAGCUGUAGAAUGGGUGCAAUGAAAUUGUUAGUAAUUAUUAUUUAUUCUAUCACGGUAGAAAGUUGGGAACAAUCUAUUAGUUUCCACGACAUUCAUCUGAUAAAGUCUAUCUGAUGUAUGUCUUUGAAAUCGAUUACACCCCCUUGCGGCUCGAAUUCAAUUUAAUGACAUUCACUUCAUUCUUUUGCUUAUUGAUCUUGAUUUAGUUUUUUUAUCUGGAGAAACCCUUUUUGGUUUGAUUGAAUUGAAUUUGAUGUUGAUGAUGUGGACGAAUUUUUCUACGUUUUUAUCCUAUUGGUUUUUUUGUUUUGUUUAUUGCUUGCUUUUUGUUUUUGUUUUGCCGGGUUGAUCAGAAGUUUCUUCUGACAAGUUCAAUGUGGAGUUAUUCUCUUGUUUGUUACGAUUCACCAGGUGUUUUACCAUCUAGACUACAAAGAAGGUUCUCUACCCUUAGUUGGGCCUGUUUUUGGUUUUUGGGUUAUUAUUUUUUUUCCCUUUUCCCUUUUUUUGGCUUCUUGCCGUACUCUGUAAUUAAUUGUACAAUAUGAUUAUAAUAUAAGAGAAGGGUGGACCGCAGAUAUGUGGAUGACCCGUUCGGUU